CUUUUCUCACGACUGACGUUAAUGGCAGCUACACUUAACAGCUCAAACAUUGCAAUUUUACCAUAAGAUUAGAAAAAGUUGUAGUAAUUUUUCAAAUGCACCAAUUACAAACAUAUUACUUACCAAAAAUGCGUAUCGGCCUCAAACGUUAACGAGUCCUGUGAGAAAGAGGAAAAAAAAUGUUUCGAAGAUUUGUAAAGAAUCAAAUGCAUGGGUUUGCUGUAUGAACGUGACAUAAGAAGACGUAUGACGAUGAUGAGCAUUAAAAGAAAUAAAUGAAUUCCUGGCGUUUAUUGGCACGUGAAGCGGAUAUCGUGAGGAUAUUGUCCUCAUGUGGAUUUGAGUUCAUUGAAAAAUAACUAAGAUUUAUGGUCUGUGCAAAUUUGUCAUAUAAAUUUUAGGUCUUUUCUUACGGGUGAUAACAGUCAUAAGGUCUCUGAAAUUAGGCUUGAUUAGGCUAAGGUUUAAGCUUCUUGGCUUGGAAGUAGUGUUUGACAGACAGGAUUGAUCUGAGAAGAAAAAUACGCGUCAGAAACAAGACACCCUUUAAAAUGUUGCAAGAUACGAAUAUAUUGUGUGGACCCAAAGAAACUUAUCAGAUUCACAAAGCAUCAUGUCUUGGAGAAUUGUUGCUGAACCAACUUGCUAUACAUGGUAAACGUGUUGCUCAGGUGGAUGCGGAUAGUGGGAUGGAACAAAGUUUUGAACAAAUUUUAAAUGCAAGCCGGAAAUUGGCUAUUUAUUUAAAUAACUGUGGCCUCAUACAAGGGGAUUGUAUUACUGUUUGUGGAGAAAAUAGUCUGAACUUUUGUAUUCCAGUACUUACUGCAAUUUAUCUUGGUGUUACUACUGCUCCGUUAAAUCCUCUGUAUUCAGACAGAGAAUUUUUGCAUGCUCUUAAUAUUUCAAAGCCAAAAUACAUUUUUGUUUCUCCACUAGUGGCUGAACGGAUGAAGGGAGUAGCAAUAAAUCUUUCCUGGUCACCCAAGCUCAUACUUUUAACCGAUUUUCCUGAUAUCAAUUUACCUAGUAUGAGCCAAUUGAUAUCAAGUAUUCCUGAUUCAAAUUUGAAUAGAUUUAGAGUUCAAAAGGUGAACAUUGAAACACAUGUUGUAGUAAUUUUAUGCUCAAGUGGAACAACUGGUCUUCCAAAGGGUGUAAUGUUAACAGAUAAAAACAUAAUUACAGUUAUUAAUCACUUAUCUGAUCCUUCCUUUGGAUCACUAACUAAAAAUGUUAUCACUUUGGGUUUAUUACCAUUUUUCCAUGCAUAUUCCUUUAUUACAAUGAUUGUUAAACUUGCAAUUGGUGUAAAGACAAUUGUAUUGUCGCGAUUUGAGGAUGAGAAUUUUUUAGAGGCCAUACAAAAAUACAAGAUUCAACAUUUAUCGGUAGUACCUCCACUUAUGGUAUUCCUGGCGAAACAUCCUUUGAUCGAUAGAUAUGACCUGUCCAGCGUCAAGCAUAUUUGGUGUGGAGCAGCACCUUUAUCUAAAGAAAUUCAGACUGCGGUAAUGAAAAGAUUAAAUGUGUCUAAAAUCAGACAGGGCUAUGGUCUUACAGAGACCACAUUGGCAGUAAUAAUAUCACCAGAAAAUAAUAAGCCUGGUAGCAUUGGUACACUAGCUCCAGGAGUUCAAGCAAAGGUCAUUUCAAUUGGAGAAAAUGAACCAGUAGUAAAUUUGGGUCCAAAUCGCCAAGGAGAGUUAUGUUUUAAGGGUGACGUAAUAAUGAAGGGCUACUGCGGAGACAUAUCUUCGACAGAUGCAACUAUUGACAAGAAUGGUUGGCUCCAUACAGGAGACGUAGGCUAUUAUGACAAUGACGGUUAUUUCUACAUAGUCGAUCGGCUAAAAGAACUGAUUAAGUAUAAGGGGUUUCAAGUUCCACCAGCGGAAUUGGAAGCAAUUUUAUUAACGCAUCCUAGGAUUAAGGACGCUGCAGUGAUUGGAGUUCCAAACGAAGAGGCUGGUGAGUUGCCGCUGGCCUUUGUUGUUAAGCAAGUUGGAUCAGAAGUUAAAGCUGAGGAAAUUAUUCAAUACGUCAAUGAACGUGUUUCUGUCCAAAAGCGUCUUCGAGGAGGUGUAAGGUUUUUGGACAAUAUUCCCAAGACAGCUUCCGGAAAGAUAUUACGACGGGAAUUACGUAAUAUUCUUAAAUCAAAAUUGUAAAUUCAAACGUAGAAAGAAAUUGAUUCUGUAAACUAUCAUUUAUCGGGAAAUAAUAUUUAUUAAUACAGUCGAGACAAAUAAAGUGAAUCAGUCAUAUUGCUAUUUUCUGUCAGCUCGCCUUUUUUUUAAAUAUAUAGUAAAUGAACAAUGUAUCAACAUAAAUGCAAUACUUAUAAAAUGCAUAAUAUUUGAGAAAUA